AUGCCUUUAUUGCAAGGUGAUGGUGGCAACCAUUGUUACAGCAACGAGAAAUUUCACGAUGCCAUGGUCGAUUUCUACCAGCAAUAUCCUGGAGCUCGCAACGUGGUUCGAGUAUUCAAAGGACUCGUCAAGGCCUACAAUAUUUCAGACAUUCACGGCUAUCAGAUUGAGGCGAUGGUCAAUCGCGUUGGGAAGUCCAAAGAUAAUUGGACGAUGCGCAAAGACGACGAAUCAGGCCGCGAUCUCAUGGAGUAUAUGCUCAUUGUAUUGAGGGCGUACCCUAUUCACGAGACACGUUGGUCAUUCGUGGGAUUCUGGCUCAAGUCUGCCAAGAAGCUUUGCAUUCGAAAGGAUAACUCUCCCGAGCGUAAAGUAGACGCAGCUCUUAUUAAGUUGCAGUUGGUGGCGGACGAGCUCUUGGCCCCUCAACUUACCCAAGCCGCGGGCACAGGGAGCCCGAAAUUGGAGGAUGCAUCGUCGUCCAAGGGGCUCACAUCCUCAUUCAGGGAGUCAAUUCAAACCUUCACUCCGAGUGAAGGUUUGAAUUUCCCAAGUUAA